AAAUGGCGGCCCCCAUGAAUGAGUGCUUGAUGCACUCUUAGUUGUUUCUGAAAGCGGAUAUAUUUCUCUUGUGCAGCAGUAAGCACUAACUGCGGCUGCUUCUUCACUCAUCGACUGAUCUAAAUGCUUUUGAGUUCUUUUUAAUUCAAUACAAAUAUUUGUGUUCGAACAUGCAAGGAAUCAUUCCGUGGAUUUCGAUUUGACGGAGAUGCAUCACGAUGAGAUGGUGUGAAUAAUACCACGACACACAGAUACUGCAGUAACCAAGUAUUCUAUCGUUUUACGUAUAGUGACACUGAUGUAACCACCCGUUAAUACCGAGAUACUGAUAAACAACAGUGGUGUACGUUACAAUUCGGAUUCUGAUAAUGUGUCCCCUCUACUUUGUUUUUAUACUGAAGUUUGCUGCAGGAGAGACCCUCAAAGGUCACCAGCAGCCUUUAGGCUCUCAUGCACCUCCUCUUGGCGUGACAUUCAUAGGCAAAUUCUCUUCACCAGGUGUGUUUUAUGAAAAUUUUGUGAAGGAAAGUCAACCACUGUUAAUGAAGUCACCCCUCCUGGACACUCCUUUCCCAGCAUUUGAAAAAUGGACAGAUGAUUUUCUUAGGGAGGAAUACGGGAGUGAGGUGGUGUCAGUGGAACAGUCUAAAAAGGAAAAGAGGAAUCUGCGCCCAUCUACAAUGACCCUCCAUGAGUUCCUUGACCUCUAUCAGAAGAAAAAUGUCUACAUGGUUCAGUCACUUCCCAGCAGCAUGAAAGACGAUGUCCACCUUCCCAUCACUCUCCAGUGUGGGGGAACCCAGCAUUUGCUGCAUGAUGCCGUUCUGUGGAUGAGCAGCGGGGGUACCAAGUCCGUGCUGCACAGUGACAAGCUGGACAAUCUGCUGUGUGUGCUCAGCGGAACCAAGGAUGUCAUCCUCAUUGAUAAGGCCUACCAAUCUGAUGUGGAGGCGCAUGGGUUUGUGCAGGAAGGGACAUACAGCACGGUGGACGUUGAUAGUGUCAACUUGAAGCAGUACCCCAGACUGAAGGCUGUACCCUGGCAUCGCGCUCACCUCGAGGCCGGAGACUGCAUCUAUAUACCUUACAAGUGGUACCAUCAGAUCAACUCGUGCGGAGGGGACAUGAAUCGCAAUGUCGCUGUUAACUACUGGUUCUCACACCGAUGGUGGCACAAUGCUACCGACUGUCGAGCAUUCCAUCUUCUCAACAUCACAGAACCACUCUCCAAGUUCACUUUCGCGUCGCCCAAUGAGCAGAUCAGGAGCCAUAUACUGGAGCCGUUCGGUGAGAUGGACAGCAUUAGCAAGGCUGACUUUGUGUCUGUGUUCCUGGCUGAGGCAACUCUAGCAGGGGAGUUUUUCCAUUACAUCAGCAAGAAUCAAACGACUGAGGUCCUAUCAUGGGCGCAGCUCUACGCCUUUGACAUUGACGAUGCUGUCAUGAAGUUCCCAGAGUUGUUUGCUGCUGGUGUGAAGCUUCAGAAGGAGAAAGUUCAUAAGAAGAAACCCCAAAAGGAGCCAAUAAAAGUCCAGGAUGACUUUCAAGAGGAAUCAGAUCGUAAGAUCAACAUCCCCAUGAUCACUCCUGAUGACGAGGAGUUUGAGAAAAUGUUGGAGGAGGUCGCCAAGCAUGGAGGCUCAGCUCACAGAACAGCCAAUGACGAAAGACCAGUGAUUAAUGAUGUCAAGGUCAAGGUCACUAGUAAGGGACAGAAGCAGGAGACAAAACUUGACACCGAUAAAGAAAAAAGGUCUAGCCAUAGGCAUGAUGAGUUUUGAUGACCUUGGAUGAACUUUAAGAAAGAUUAAAGGUUUAGUUAAUGUAUACUACUCACAAAGAAGUUAAAGAACACCCGAUUCUUUCAUAUUACUAUGGUUAAUCUGUCAUGGCACGACAUGUAAUAUGAAAGAAUCGGGUGUUCUUUUACUUCUUUUGAGUUGUAUUAUUACUAUAUAUUAGAUUUUCCAUUCUGAAUAUAAUGUGGUUGAGUACGCAAUUAAGCACAAAUUAAGAGGAAUAACAGCUCUUGACAUGAGUAUUAGAAUGAACUUGGCACGACAUGUAUAUGUUCUUUUACUUCUUUUGAGUUGUAUAUUUUAGAUUUUCCAUUCUGAAUAUAAUGUGGUUGAGUAUGCAAUUAAACACAAGUUACAGCUCUUGACAUGAGUAUUAGAAUGAACUUGGUGGAUUGACUGCAGACAUUUUAUUUCAGCAAAAGAUUUUUAAUAUAUUAUUGAUAUAUCAGUGUUAAUAUGCAUUCAUAAUACAUGAAACAGAUAUGAGGUUUUAGUACUUAAUAAUAUAGUAUAUGUACAGGUGAUCGAUCGAUCGAUCAAACAAGAUGAGCUUGUUCAUCAGUUUGUGUGGUGCUUUAGAAGGGUUGUCACAAAAUAGUGAGUUUCAACCUAAAUGUUGAAGAGGCAGAGGUAGAUGCCAUUACUAAAAUUCAGGGUGUCACUGAAAUUUUAGUAUUGAUCUAUUAUCUAGUAUUUAGAAUUGAACUUUCUGCCCUUUCAUUGUCCAUCUUAGCCGGGAUAAUCUUAAUUGUAGUAAUUGUUUCUAAUGUGAGUGAAUUGUUCAUUUAGUUUUGAUAUUCAUCAAUUUGUGUCACUACAGUGUCAACAUUAAAAAAUUAAUAAUACAUGUACAUCAUAAUAGCGAUAUACAAUGGCAUUCCUACCUAAUAGCUUCAUAUAUGUUCUCUACUUCCCCAGGCAAGGGAGUUAACUGACUAUAAAAGUCCUCUUUCCACCCUUGCCGAACAAGGCUGGAAUUUCUGGGCUCGAUCGCAGCACCACCAGUGGCUGUUAUGAGUCGUGUCCCUUCUGAGCCCCUCCUAUUGACCAAUGAGAUUCCACCUGUCAUAUCACUUUCAUUUGCUUCAAACAAAAUGACGGCGCCAGGUCGACACGAUCUGAUCAGUGAUCAAGAUAUAUAUUGAAAUAAAACAGGUCUUACCUUGCGAAGUGCACCUUGAUUAGAGACAUGAAAACAUUUGAAAAAUAUCUGUCAAAGCCCAGCUGAGGGGACACAUCUUUUGCAAAACCUGCAGUCAACCGAAAUCUGCACGUUGAAAUCCAAUGUAACUCCAUAAAUCCAGCCUAGUUUGGCAAGGAUGGAAACUGGACUUUUAUAGUCGGUUAACUCCCUUGCCUCAGGAAGAUGAUAUGUUCUCUGAUAUAUAUUGCGUGGAUGUUGAGCGUGAUAAUUAUAAAAUUGUCUGUUUAGACAGUGACUGUUGUGUGAGUCUUGUUUUUGUAUCCAGGAGGUACAUAGACUGAGUCUUGUUGUACGUAUCCAGGAGGUACAUAGACUGAGUCUUGUUGUAUGUAUCCAGGAGGUACAUAGACUGAGUCUUGUUGUAUGUAUCCAGGAGGUUCAUAGACUGAGUCUUGUUGUACGUAUCCAGGAGGUACAUAGACUGAGUCUUGUUGUAUGUAUCCAGGAGGUACAUAGACUGAGUCUUGUUGUAUGUAUCCAGGAGGAACAUAGACUGAGUCUUGUUGUAUGUAUCCAGGAGGUACAUAGACUGAGUCUUGUUGUAUGUAUCCAGGAGGUACAUAGACUGAGUCUUGUUGUAUGUAUCCAGGAGGUACAUAGACUGAGUCGUGUCUGGUGUUACUGUGGUCAGUGUUUGUGUGCGCUGCUGGCCAUGGCCUGUAGGUUGUGCCCUGUAGGUUGUGCCCUGUAGGUUGUGCCCUGUCUGUUGUGCCCUGUCUGUGGUAAAUGUUACUCACCCAUUCCUAGAGCUAUACCCUGUUUAAUACAUCUUCCAUUUAUCAUUGCCAUGUCUAUGUUUAUUGAAUUAAUACAAUGAGUUGUUAAAAUGUUGAUUAUUAUACAAGGGGAAUUACAACCAUAUUGUAAUAAACUACUUUUGUGGUAA